UGCUCCGUGCGGAGGAGCUCCAACUAGUCCGCCAGCCGCUGUCACUGGGCUCAGACGACGUCAUUGCUUCACAAUGGACGGAGGUCACCGCUGAAAGUGGCCGCAUCCACGCGUGUCGGACACUGUCGGAAAUAUCUCCCAUCUGCUUUGGAUUUUGGUCCUGCAGCUUCAAACUUGCCUCUUCUCAAACGUAUACACAGCAUUUGGACCCCCGUUGAAGGACAACACUGUUGCUUUGAAGAUGGGGGGCCGGGGUCAAUUUGGGUACCACUGGCAGAGCCACAAUGUCAAGCUGAGCGGAGUGGACGACAUGGUGCUGCUCAGCAAGAUCAAUGAGGACUCCAUCGUGGACAACCUGAAGAAGAGAUACAUGGAUGACUACAUCUUUACAUAUAUUGGUCCUGUGCUGAUCUCGAUCAACCCCUUCAAGCUUAUGCCUUACUUCGGGGAAAAAGAAGUGGAGAUCUAUCAAGGCGCCGCCCAGUAUGAGAACCCUCCUCACAUCUACGCCCUGGCGGACAACAUGUACAGAAACAUGAUGAUCGACAGAGAAAACCAGUGUGUCAUCAUUAGUGGUGAGAGUGGAGCCGGUAAGACUGUGGCGGCCAAAUACAUUAUGGGAUAUAUCUCCAGAGUGUCAGGAGGCGGACCCAGGGUGCAGCACGUCAAAGACAUCAUCCUGCAGUCCAACCCGCUGCUGGAAGCCUUUGGCAACGCCAAGACUGUUAGGAACAACAACUCCAGUAGAUUUGGGAAAUACUUUGAGAUCCAGUUCAGCAACGGCGGCGAGCCAGACGGAGGAAAAAUCUCCAACUUCCUUCUGGAGAAGUCACGUGUCGUCAUGAGGAAUCCUGGCGAGAGGAGUUUCCAUAUAUUCUAUCAGUUGAUAGAAGGAGCGAGUGACGAGCAGAAGAACAGCCUGGGAAUCACAAGUUUAGAUUAUUACACUUACCUCAACCAAUCUGGUUCCUACAAAGUGGACGACAUUAACGACAAAAACGACUUCCAGGAAACCACGCAUGCCAUGAAGGUGAUUGGCAUCUCGGCUCCGGACUGCGCCAUGGUGCUACAGAUUGUGGCUGGCGUCCUGCACGUGGGCAACAUCAGCUUCAAGGAGGCAGGCAACUACGCUGCUGUGGAGAGUGAAGAGUUUCUAGCGUUCCCUGCCUUCUUGCUGGGUAUUGACCAGAAUCGUCUAAAGGAGAAACUGACCAGCCGCAAGAUGGACAGCAAAUGGGGCAGUGCCCUUGAGUCCAUUGACGUGACCUUGAACGUGGAGCAGGCGUGUUACACGCGCGACGCCCUCUCCAAAGCAUUGCACUCGCGUGUCUUUGACUUCCUGGUUGAGUCCAUCAACAAAGCCAUGGUGAAGGAUCACCAGGAGUUGAAUAUCGGCGUUUUGGACAUUUACGGAUUUGAGAUUUUCCAAAAAAAUGGCUUUGAGCAGUUCUGCAUCAACUUUGUGAAUGAAAAACUGCAGCAAAUUUUCAUUGAGCUGACUCUAAAGGCUGAACAGGAGGAAUAUAUUCAGGAGGGCAUCAAGUGGACUCCUAUUGAGUACUUCAAUAACAAGAUUGUCUGUGACCUCAUCGAGAGCAAAAAUCCCCCCGGCAUCAUGAGCAUCCUGGACGACGUGUGCGCCACCAUGCACGCAGUCGGCGAGGGGGCGGACCAGACCAUGCUGCAGAAGCUCCGCAUGCAGAUAAACACUCACGAGCACUUUAACAGCUGGAACCAAGGCUUCAUCAUCCACCACUACGCUGGCAAGGUGUCCUACGACGCAGAAGGAUUCUGUGAAAGGAACAGAGACGUUCUGUUCAAUGACCUCAUUGAGCUGAUGCAGAGCAGUCAAAUAGCUUUUUUCAGAGCUCUCUUCCCCGAAAACCUCAAUGCGGAGAAGAAGGGUCGGCCCACUACUGCAGGCAGUAAAAUUAAGAAACAAGCCAAUGACCUGGUGAGCACGCUGAUGAAAUGUACGCCUCAUUACAUCCGCUGUAUCAAACCCAACGAGACCAAGAAACCCAGAGAUUGGGAAGAGGGCCGUGUGAAGCACCAGGUGGAAUAUCUGGGCCUGAAGGAGAACAUUAGGGUGAGGCGCGCUGGCUACGCCUACCGCCGUGUCUUCAGGAAGUUCCUCAACAGGUACGCCAUCCUGACCAAAGAGUCGUGGCCCUCAUGGCGAGGAGACGAAAAACAAGGUGUCCUUCACCUCAUGCGCUCCGUCAACAUGGACCAAGAUCAGUUCCAGCUGGGUCGCACCAAGGUGUUCGUCAAAGCCCCCGAGUCGCUCUUUCUGCUCGAGGAGACGAGGGAGCGCAAGUUUGACGGCUAUGCCCGAACCAUUCAAAAAGCCUGGCGGAAAUACGUGGCCUGUAAGAAGUAUGUCCAAAUGCGCGAGGAAGCGUCCGACCUGCUGCUGAAUCACAAGGAAAGGCGGCGACACAGCCUGAACAGAAACUUUGUGGGAGACUACCUGGGCAUGGAUGACAGGCCCGAGCUACGACAGUUUCUGGCCAAGAGGGAGAAGAUCGACUUUGCAGACAAAGUCACUAAAUAUGAUCGCCGCUUCAAGCCAAUCAAGAGGGACUUGAUCCUGACGCCGAAGUCGUUGUACCUGAUUGGAAGAGAAAAGGUGAAACAGGGACAGGAGAAAGGACAAGUGACCGAGGUGCUCAAGCGGUUCAUCAGCGUGGACAGGAUCUUGGGAGUGUCUUUGAGCACCCUGCAGGAUGACUUCAUGAUCCUACACGAGCAGGAGUACGACAGUCUGCUGGAGUGCGUCUUCAAGACGGAGUUCAUCAGCUUACUGGCCCGCAGGUUCGAGGAGAAAACCCAGAAGACUCUACCGCUCAAGUUUAGUAACACACUGUCGUUGAAGCUGAAGAAGGAGAACUGGGGCAUCCUGAGUGGCGGAGCUGGCACCCGACAGGUCGCCUUCGUCCAGGGUCAGGGAGACAUAGCCGUGCUCAAGCCUUCCAGCAAAAAUCUGCAGGUCAGCGUCGGACCAGGACUUCCUCGGAACACACGUCCCUCCAGGACCGGCAACACCCAGAGCCGCUCCAGAACUCACCAAAAUACGCCAGCACGGGCCGCACCUGGACCUCCAGUCGCUCACCAGAACGGCUGGCUGAAGAACACCAAUCACAUGGCCAAUACGAGGAACUCUCUCCAUCAGCACCAGGACGACGCCGUGCGCCCACACCUCCCCAGCAACCUCAGCCAGUCCAGGGAGAGGGGCAGCGUACGACCGCAACCUGGACCUAAUCUGGACUUUCUCAAGGUUCCCGAUCAAGGAGCUGCAGGUAAUGGAGUCAGUGGAGCAGCUUCAAAUGGAAGAAUAGCUUACCGAGCGUCGACCACCAGGCCUCCGCCGGGGGGCGGAAGACCCAAGCCUGCGCCCAAGCCCAAACCUCAGGUGCCCAAGUGCAAAGCCUUGUACGCCUACGACGCCCAGGACACGGACGAGCUCAGCUUCAACGCCAACGACAUCAUUGACAUCAUCAAAGAGGACGCUUCUGGGUGGUGGUCAGGACGUCUGCGAGGGAAGCAGGGACUUUUCCCCAACAACUACGUGGACAAGAUCUAGAAGGAGGAAGGAAGGAAGGAAGGAUGGAAGGAGCCUAGAUGGAAGGAGUUGGUCCAACGUUCCUCCGGGUGGAGCGUGAAGAAGCACUGUGGGAUUUCUGGGCGAAUCCUCCACUACUGCCUUGCGGAGUCCGUGAAUGUAAACUCUUGGUUUUGUCGGUCCGCUCCCGAACACACCGCGACCGCUUUCGUCCUCUUCGGAAGUGCCCGACGAAAUACAAAACAACAAACUAUUUAUUGUAUUUAUACAUGCUUUCUGUCCUGAUGAGCUUUUUGGCUGAGGAACCCUUUUCCACCUUACGAUAUGCAUAACGCGGGAACAGGCUGUGAUUUCUCAUGUUUGUUUAAAUUUCUUCACGUUAUCGUUAGAUGAUUGCUAAAAGAUGACGUCAUAUUUAUUGUGUUAUCGCAGGGAAUGGAUGUUAACUAGUGAUUUUAUACAUUUAUUUUAAAUAAUUGUUUUUUUGUUUUUUAGAUACCACCAAAGAUAGUUGGCAUCUCUGUGUGUACUGAAACCUGAGCACACUACCUGUGGUGUGUUAGCACUUUAUCAGUACAGGUACUACUACCUUGGACACACACAAGUAAUGAAGGCCCAUGUGAUUUUUGUUUACACUAAAACUGUCCUUUUUAUUUUGAUUUUUAGCUCCCUUUCUCUAUAUGAGGAUAGUAUGGAAAGACAGAGCAUUUUUUGCAUAUCCUUCAUAAUACUGUAUCCAGCUUAAGGUCCAUGUACUAGUACGCUCUUUGUACUCACUAGUAUGACACGAAUAGAAUGUCAAGGGAGCACUAUUAGAAUGAUUGUCUUACUAUUAAUGUUUUUUUUUUUCACUACUGUAUGACAUUUUUUUUCAAACUAGUAUGACAUGUUUCAAGUGAGGCAAAACUGUGCACCGGUUGAGGUCCAUGCACUAGUACACUGUUUGUCCUCACGAGUAAGACGAUUUGGUGGAGUAAUAGAAUGAGUAUGACCUACUAGUUGAACUCCAGUACUUACUUCCACUACUGUAUGACAUUUCUAGAUACGAGUUGGACAACUACGUUACUAUUGAGCCAAACGUGUGCUACUAUCAGUCCUAGUGAAGCGCUAGAUUUUAGUUUUAUAAAUCAGUAGUAGGUACUAUACUAUAGUACUAUAAUAGUACACAGAUGUGAAGCAGUGCACAGAUUUGCCUCACUGGUAACAUGUAGAUGUCUUAGCAGCAUGCAGAAAUUUCAUACAUGUGCUACUAGUGGCAUUCGUCGAACACUAGUAGUUGUCAUAUUGAAAGCAGUUUGAGUGUUUAUACGAUAUCCUUGAUAUCCAUCCUAGUCAUCCUAGCCACUAGAUGGGGGUGGGGGGUAAUACUAGUAAGAAACAGUCAUUCUAGUAGUGCACCCUCAUCAUUCUACUAGUGCUGAAUUGUCUUACUAGUGAAGACAAAGAGCAUACUAGUACAUGGACCUGAAGUUCUAUAUCAAGGAUGUGGAAUAAAUGCUCUGAUGUUUCCAUAGGAGAUGAUGGCCUGUGUUUUUUUUUUGUUUUUUUUGGGGGGGGGG